AUGGCCUGCCUCCCCCCCACCACUAUCUUCCUGCGAACGAGAACUGGCUCGCCCGAUGCACUCCCACCCAUCCCACUACGCGGCGGCAUCCCGCUCCUCUCCCUGGGCCUCGCGCCAGGCCAGCCCAUGAACAUAGGAGUCCAGGUACGCGCGCUACUACUUGGCCCGCGAAGCGAAGCCUCCUCCCGGAACCCCAGCAACCCACCACACUUCACAAGCGUCGACAUCGGACUGGAAGGCCGGGUCAUCGCAGCCAGGAAAGUCAACGACGUCUGCGCCGAAGUCAUCGUCAGGAACGAAGGAUGGGGAAGGAUGCGGUACGCUGCGAUACUGCUGCACGCCAUGCCCCGAACGACCAUCGAGGCCGGGCUAUGGGACGCCCUGCGCUCACCAAACAUACGUAAGGGAGACUGGGGAGAAGAAUACCCGCCGCAAAACUAUGUGACCUGCCUGCCCGCCCCCCACAGAGGAGACAAGGCCGUAGACCUCGCGAGCUACCCCCCAAUAAUCGAGAAGCAGCUCGCGGGCCCGGGCGGAGGGGAAGGCACGAGAUGGGCGUCGGACGAGGAACUGGGCGAGCUAGGGAGAGCCGUCGGCGGGAUUUUCCAGACGGGCACAAAGGCGAAGGAGACCAAGGCGAAGACGGCGAGAGGAUGA